GGGGGCGGGGGCGCCGCGCACGCGCACGGGUCGGCGGCGCGCGCCGAGCGGGGGGCACCGUGCGGGUGCAGCCACGAUGGAAGGGGGUGCGUACGGAGCGGGCAAAGCCGGGGGCGCCUUCGACCCCUACACCCUGGUCCGGCAGCCGCACACCAUCCUGCGCGUCGUGUCUUGGCUGUUCUCCAUAGUGGUGUUCGGCUCCAUUGUGAACGAGGGCUACCUCAACAGCGCCUCCGAGGGGGAGGAGUUCUGCAUCUACAACCGCAACCCCAACGCCUGCAGCUAUGGCGUGGCCGUGGGCGUGCUCGCCUUCCUCACCUGCCUGCUGUACCUGGCCCUGGACGUGUACUUCCCGCAGAUCAGCAGCGUCAAGGACCGCAAGAAAGCCGUCCUGUCCGACAUCGGUGUCUCGGCCUUCUGGGCUUUCCUCUGGUUCGUGGGAUUCUGCUACCUGGCCAACCAGUGGCAGGUCUCCAAGCCCAAGGACAACCCGCUGAACGAAGGGACGGACGCAGCCCGGGCCGCCAUCGCCUUCUCCUUUUUCUCCAUCUUCACCUGGGCGGGCCAGGCUGUGCUGGCCUUCCAGCGGUACCAGAUUGGCGCCGACUCGGCCCUCUUCUCCCAGGACUACAUGGACCCCAGCCAGGACUCCAGCAUGCCUUACGCGCCCUACGUGGAGCCCAACACUGGGCCGGAUCCCGCCGGUAUGGGCGGCACCUACCAGCAGCCGGCCAACGCCUUCGACACCGAGCCCCAGGGCUACCAGUCGCAGGGCUACUGAGCCACAGUGACCGCCUGCCCCCGCCCCUCCCCUAUCUGUCCCCUCUCUCCACACCCAGCCCCUGCUCCUGCCCAGGCUGCCCUGCCCAGCGCCUCAUCAGCCUCUGCCUUGUCCCAGUGAGGUCCAGGGUAGCUCGGGGCAGGGGUGGGGCAGUCCAGUGUUGGGGACUGUCUACAUAUGUGCAAGUAUAUCCCAGGGCAUGUGCCCCGCAGGGGCCUAGAGGGUGGGGGCCAGGGGUAUUUGCAUUCAUACAUUGUGUCAUCAAGCAUUCCUUGAGCGCCUACUGGGCAUCCGGCCUGUGCUGGGCAUGGGUGGUGACAUUGGCAGAAAUGGCCACUGGAAAGGGGAGCGAUGAACUGUGGAGGAAGCCCUGGUGGUACCAGAGGCCAGAAUGGUGGGAAAGACAGACCCAGGUAAUGCUGGGAAGUGUGGCUACACCGUGGCUUGGUCAUAGGGUGAGUGUAAACACCCACAGGACAGUGGGGGCUGUCACCCUGCUCUGGCAGUCCUGCUAAGAGUGUCAGGGCCGUCUCCAUUUUAUGGUUGAGGAAACUGAGGUCUAGAGAGGUCAAGAUUACUUGCCCAGAAUCACUCAGGCAGCUAGUGAUAGAGGUGGGGCCAAGCCCAGGCUGCCCGACUGCAGACCACGUGCUCUUCCCUGGCCACCCACCUCCUCCCAUCCCCACGCUUGGGGCUUCCCUGCUCAGUGUUACUGUCAUUCUGGGAGGCCUUGGGGCCCUCAGCCCCUUGAGACACCCUGAUUCUGCUGCAAGCCAAGGGCCUGUUCUGCCCCAGCUGUUCCUCCUCCCCUGGGGACAGCCCCACCUCCGGGUCCCUCCACCCACAUCCCCCUGGUCCUACCCCUGGCCCUUGGCCUCCUCCAAGAGGGCUCACCCCAGGUGCUGCUCUGUGCUCUGCGUGUCCCACAGACACUUGUUCCAGGGGGCUCCAGCAAACCCCUUCGUGGUCUCUCAAAGGACUGAUCACUGUCCUUGCCUCUAGGAGGGCUCACUAAGCCCUUACCUAGGGCUGGGUGGACAACAAGGCACAGAUGAGAGUGUGACUGGCCCGAGGUCACGGUGAGUGAGUGGCAAAGCUGGCCCUGAUGCCUGGGUUUCUUGGCCCCAGCUGCCCAGCAGGUGCCUCGAUUCCCUGCCCUUGUGACCUCCCAGGAAACAGAACUGAUCUGGGACACUAUGUCACCUCUCCUCUCAUCUGGGGUCAGUCAGGGUUCGGGGGCUGCAGCAGCCAAGCGCAUGAGAGGUGUUUCCUUGGCCUUCCAGAAGGCCCACUGCGGAGCCAGCCUCCCUAUGGGAGGCAGAGCAGCAAGGACAGGGCUUUGGAAUCAGCCAAGUCGGUUCCUGGGCUGUAGCCGUGGAGAGACACUGCCCCCAGGGUGACACAGGCAAGAGCCCCUGAGGCAUGGGAGGCCCAGGGAAGACCAUGGGCUGUAGGGGAGAGUGUGGCAGGUGACCCAAAGGCCCAAAGAGGGCCGUGGGGCCUGAGGAGGUCAUAAUCUCUUCUGAGUUGGGGCAGGUCGAUUCUUGCACAAGGUGGGCUCUUCACUGAGCCAUAAGGGACAGGGAGGUAUGGGAGAGCGCUGGGGGCCCAUCCCCCUGUCCACCCAGUGUCCACUGGCCUGUCCUUCAGGGAGCAGAGCAGAGCAGAUGGUGGACAGGCCCAGUGCUGGGUGUUUCCACCACCAUCCCCCCGUUCCCCAUCUAAGAAUCCUAAGAGGCAGGCGAUCCCUCACCUGCUUACUCACUCAGCAGUUAUCCAGCCCCUGUGCUGGGGAUCCCAAGAGCAUGGGUGGUCCCUGCUUCGAUGGCCCCAAACCUGGGCCAGAGUUAAGGGAAAGAGGAGGAAGUCCUAAGCAGAGAAGUAGCACCAUUAUCCCCAUUUAACAGAAGGGAAACUGAGGCUCGGCAAGCAUAGGCGAGUUGGCAGUGGAACACGGAUCUUAACUCAGGUCUGUCCAAGUCCUCCCAAGGGACAGCAGUGAUGGAGAGGACCCCAGCCAGCUGAGUGACAGCUGGUUGUUGCUGACUUCAUUUUCCAAUCCAGGGAAGGGGCUCUGUCCACAGUCCCCUGCCGCCAGGUGGCCCAAAUUGGACCAGCAUGGGGGCAGGUUAUCUGUUGGCCUGAAAAGUGAAACCUGUAUCAGGCCAAAGGUGAGGGCGUGAGUGAGUGCAGGAGUGUUUAUGGCAGAGUGAAGUUCUGUGCCCACCACAAGAGGCUGUGAGAUGUUCUGACCCUCACCCACUGUCCACCAAAAGCCUCUCCUGCUGAUGGGCACUAGGAGACCUCAGGGUACUGCCCAUCUGUUUCUCCUUGGGUGCCAGCCAGCUGCUGGUGAUCCUCAGCCGGAGGGCAGGGUACCAGGUAAGCUUAACUCCAUCUUGGGUGUUUGUGACAGGCCCUGCCUGCCACCCUAGGCAGGGAAAGCUGUCAAGACUCCUGCCAGGAAUGGGGGUGCUGAGUCAUCUCACGAAGAAUCCCUCACUCUUCCCGGGUUCAGCCCAGAAGCCCUCCCAGGCAUGAUCUUCCCCAUCAGGCUGGGCUCUGGCAGGGACCUGCCCAGGAUGGAGAUGAGAGAGGGUGAGAGAUGGAGGGCGAGAUUUGGAUGGGACCAGGGCUCCUGACUCUGCCCCGGAAGGUUCAUGGGGAAGCUCGCUCCUUCUGUUGGCAGAGGACAGCCCCUGGGGAACCCCAGGCCCAACUCUGUCUGGUAUCCCUUUUCCUCCCAGCUGCCCUCCCCUGCUUCUCCCUUGCUCCCAAAGCUUUCCUUGGAGAAGGGCCCUCCUGCAGCUGGACCCUGCAGGGUGGCUCCCUCCUCCCCAUCAAGCACAAGAGAGGGCCCAGGAAAAAAGGUUUCACAUAAGUGUAGAGUCGCAAGGACUCUUAGAGUCGGCAGAGUCUGGGGUAGGGAGACAGCGGCUUGUCCAAGGUCAAGCACAGAGGGAGAGGUUCAGGAGUCAGGUCUUCUUCCUUCUGAGUUGGCUCAUCCUGGCCAGUCACAGACUGUCCUGCCUGCACGGCUCCUAUCUACCUGGGGGUGUCGCAGUUGAGGGGCUAAUUCCCAGGGGACUGACGUUAGUUCCCUACUCCAUCCUUCCCUGGUGAUUCUUGAUCUUCAAAGCCUCGGGGAUCCCAGGUUUCCCCAUGUAACUGAGACCCCCUGCCUGUUAGCCCUGGGAGACCCCCAACCUUGGCCCAAGACCCCUUUGAUUCUCUAAGGAGCACGAAAGGGGGAAUGCCCCUCCCAGGAGUUUAUGGGAGAAGGGACUGGGCCGGCUGCCUCCCAGCGAUGCACUUGACCUGACACUCCCCAUGUCCUGGUGCGCACAGCCCUUGUCGGUGCCCCGGCCCCUCCCGCAGCAUUACUGCCUGUGUAUAGUAUAAAUAUAUAUAUUUUCUAUAUAUAAGAUGUAUAAUAUAAGGCUCCACAAAUAUAUCUGUGUGUGUGUGUGCGUGUGUGUGCGGUGAAGGGCGGUCCCCAUCCUGGGCCCCCACUCUAGACCCCCCCACCACCUGGUUAAGUCUUGAGUGAAUCCAGUGGCCCCGUGGCACCCUCCUUUAUGACAUCCAUCCAUCUGUGGUGAACCAAGUGAAGGUGGUGACUUCUGGUGACAUAGUAAUAAAGUGAAGACUCAGAACCCACCAGCGA